UAAAAGAAAUUUAAGUGAUGUUUCAUGAUGCUUAGUUGUGGUAAAAGUUUGCUCAGUUAUUUUUUUUAUUUCAGCAUCUCAGGAGCUCAUCUAUUAAGUCUGUAUGGGGUUAAAAUUAAUCCAGAUGUGUUUACACAGUAUCUGCUUUAAUGCAGUAGGCACAGCUGUUUUUUGGAUGUAUCCUGGCUAGAUUCCAAUGUGAGCAGUCAUAUUUUCCUUGUCUCUGUACUCCCUUGUAGCUUAUCAACAAGAACACAAGAACUACAAGAAUAUUAUUAAGCUUGGUGUUUUAAAAAGACACAUCAAUUGAGGGUUCCACUGCUGCGAGAGGCAUUUUAAUAAUUGGGUAUUUAUAAAUUCAUCUGAAGUUGGCGGGGGGAGGGUUUGCCUUCUAGGUUUUGAACUUUUGAGAUUGGAUUUCCAGCUUUUUCUUGCCAAGGGGCUAAUAGUUUUAAACUGAUCUGAAAGUUUGGUUUUUUCAUAGAAAGCCAGGGCUUCAGGUGUUGGUUUGACCAAAUAUUAUGAAGGGUUAGGAUUUAAGGUGGCACCUAGCAGGAUGGCAUUAGCCAGUGGCUAAUUGAGAGUACAGGUGAAAAAAGAAAAAGCACAUGCUCAUGUAACCACGUUCAGAUGCAAAAGGAGGGAUCACAGCUUGGCCCAAAGCCCAAAUUUAUUUUUCUUUAAAAAAAAAUUUGAACCUAAGGAGGCUGAUCAUUUCUCUAUUGUUAAUUAGGCAUUAACAAUGUACAAUUUUUGUUUCUCCUGACAAGGAUAAUAUAGGUAGCCAUGCACCUCCACCACCAUUAGAUGUUCUUCUGGGUUGUAUUGUGUCUCUCAAUAUUUUGUGGUUCCCCUGCUGCUUGGUGGAGGUGUUGCCAGUUUGUGUUGGGUUUCCUGUUAGGGCUUAUCUUUGUUUAUUGUGGCAGAGUUAGCUUUGACAGGAAAGUACAGGAUUGCUUUUGCUUGUGGAAAAGAUGUGACUUUUAUUUGAACUCUGUCCCCUGUGGGAUGAGUAAUGGUAGGAUUUGAGCACUGUGUACCUUUCAUGGCUAGCUGCUAGACAGGGAUUGAACAGCAGGGAGAAGAGAGCCAUAUCCCUGGAAUAAAAUUGCUUCUGUGUCUGAUGCAUUUACAAGUCUGCUAGAAACUUCCUUUUGGAGCUGUGCAUAUCUAGGCUUGUCAACAGUUGGCAAGGAUAUUGUCCCUUUUGAUUAUCUAAGGCAGCAGCAUGGCCAAGAGGACAGUAGUGAUACCAGUUCUGGAGAUUUCAUUGCACAUCUUGAUGUCUUCCAUGGCAGAUCCAACAUGUAGAGUUACCUGAAGGUAGAAGCUUCAUCUUUCCUUUGGAAAGCAUGGUUCUCUCUCUUAUAGUUACAAAUGAACUACUGAUGAAAAAGGACUCUACAACUGGAAGGCACAACAUAAAAGACCAACCCAAACUUAAAACUUUAAAGUUAUUCUCAUAAUCUAGGAAACCUCAGUCAUAAUAUUAAAUAGGGUUGAAAUGCUGAUAGCUGUUAUAACAGCCGGACCAGAAUAUAUUUUUCUGUCUGUGGUCCCUGUAUUUCAUUAUUUAUUUUUUUUUAUACUAAGCAGAGGACAAAAUCAAUGGGGGGGCAGAUUUAUCUGUUUGCAAAAUAAAACAACAGCAACACAAAAGUUGUUAUGCAAUGUUUUCUCUAGUAUCCACAUGAUUAAAACCACAAGUUUUUCCUUGUAAUGCAUCCAACUAGAUUCCUUUUCCUUUAACAGUUUUUAUGUUGUUAAUUUGUUCUUUCAUGGGAGUUUUCAGGGGGUUUCUGAAUUGCAUGGCAUUUGUUGGAAGAAAAAAAUAGAGAAACCUGUGCUGCCAUUGUCUGUGGUUAAAUUCAGUAAGGACUAGUAACCAAACAGAAGCAGGGGAGAAGAGCACUGAAGUGCCACUGUUUCAACAAGAACGAUUGGAAAGUGGGUUCUGGAGCUUGAGUGCAGAGUGUCUCCAACUUUUGUGCUCAGCUAUCACAGGCACAUGCAGAAGUUAAAAGAGUACAGAGGAGAGACCAGAGUCCUUAUGAGUGCAGAAUUUUAUUUCUCAGAAGGGAGGGAAGAAAGUUCUCCAUGAGUUUGGUGAGCGUGCGUACCUUUGGCACGCAGUUAAUCCCGGCAGAGAUGAAGAACCUGUUCCUUCUGCUCAUACUAGCAACAACGUCACCUUCUGCAUUUUCAGGCCGCCGUAUGAAAAGGCAGGUUGAUGUCUGGGGGAGCUGGGGUGAAUGGAGCAAGUGCAGUCGGAGCUGUGGCGGUGGAGUCAGCUUUCGGCAGCGGCGCUGCUAUUCCCAAAGGACAGAAGGUCCUUCCAGUUGUGUUGGACCAACACGAAGCUAUCAGUCAUGUAAUGUUCAGAACUGCCCAGAAGGCUCCCGAGAUUUCCGGGCAGAGCAGUGUGCAGAGUUUGAUGGGACAGAAUUCCAAGGCAAGAAAUAUAAGUGGCUUCCAUAUUAUGGAGCACCUAAUAAGUGUGAGUUAAACUGUAUUCCCAAGGGAGAAAACUUCUACUACAAGCACAAGGAAGCAGUGGUAGAUGGGACUACCUGUGAACCUGGCAAGCGAGAUAUCUGUGUAGAGGGAGUGUGUCAGGCCGUUGGCUGUGAUAAUAUGCUGGAAUCUGCCAAGAAGGAGGACAAGUGCCUGCAGUGUGGAGGAGAUGGCAGCACCUGCUAUGGUGUGAAGGGCACUUUUGAUGUGGCCAGCCUCCCCAAAGGUUACAAUCAAAUCUUUAUUAUCCCUGUGGGAGCCACAAGCAUCCAAAUUAAGGAGGUUAAGCCCAGCAGGAACUUCCUAGCUGUCAAGAACGUGCGAGGGGAGUAUUACCUGAACGGGCAUUGGACGAUUGACUUCAGCCGGGCGCUGCAGGUGGCCAGCACGGUGCUGCACUAUGACCGUGGCUCAGAGGGUGAUGUGGCCCCAGAGCUCCUCCAUGCCCGGGGUCCCACCACAGAACCCCUUGUCAUUGAGCUCAUCAGCCAGGAGCCAAACACUGGGGUACAGUAUGAGUAUUACCUGCCCCUGCAAGGACAGGCCUCGGGUUACAGCUGGAGCUACAGUUCCUGGAGUGAGUGCAGCUCUGAAUGUGGAGGAGGUUUCCAGUCUCGCUUGGUGUUUUGUACUAUAGACAAUGAAAUUUAUCCAGACUAUAUGUGCAAGAAUAAACCACAACCAGACAACAACCGGACGUGUGGUCAUCAGCCUUGUCCCCAGACAAAACGGACUUCUUACAUCUACCUGCCACAAGCCUGGAGUCACAGCGGUGCACGGAGCUCUCAGAUGAAGAGGUGGAAAACAGGAGAGUGGGGAUCCUGCUCAGCCACCUGUGGUGGGGGCACCCAGAGCCGCUCGGUGUACUGCGUGGCGUUUGACGGGCAGAGCGCGCAGGGGGUGGUGGAUGAUGCCGAGUGCAUGGCCUUCGCCCAGCAGCCGCGCCGCAGCCAGCCCUGCAACGUCCGGCAGUGUGCCACCUGGAGCACGGGGCCCUGGUCCCAGUGCUCAGCCAGCUGUGGGGAAGGAGUGCAGACCCGGACUGUCACCUGCAGGACGCAGCAGGGCUCCCAGGCUCAGGACUUUGCUUGUCUAAUGGAGCCAAAGCCAUCAGCCACCCAGCCCUGCCUCAAGGAAAACUGCAUCCAGGAAAUCAGCUGGCAUGUUGGAGACUGGGGUCUGUGUUCCAAGAGCUGCGAUUCAGGCAUCCGGACACGCCAGGUCAUCUGUGCUGACGGCGACUCCAAAGUCUACAGUCCUGAGACAUGCAAAGCCAUCCAGCCACAGAAACCAACCACCCUGGGUAGCUGCAACACACAGCCCUGCUACCUGCCACAGCAGGUCCCCAGCAUGCAGGACCCUAUGGGAUACAAUGUCACUCGCCAGUCCUUGCUGACCCGUUACAACCCAAACAGCCCUGCCCCAGUUCUCUCACCAGAUUCUGAUGAUGGAAGAAUGCUUCCUGGGAACACCAUGAUCCAUAGUGCCUCAGGGAAUCAGCACAUUCCAUCCACCAAAGACCACAGCGUCAACUUGUUUGCUGUCCACUGGGAGCCCCAGUCCCGCUCCCCAGGUUCCCAUCGGCUCAGCUUCUCUCAGGACCCCCCUGCAGGGACUGGCUCUCGGGACUGCCACCAGAGCCCACAUGGCUGCUGUCCAGAUGGGCGCACUCCGGCAUCGGGCCCUCUGGGGAGAGGCUGCCCUUUCAGCACCUGCCACCAAAACAGGUAUGGCUGCUGCCCCGAUGGAGUAUCGGCUGCCCAGGGUCCAAACAACAUUGGAUGCCCACAAUACUACCCUGACAUUCGAACGAGACAAAAUCAUCCCACUGCAACCACUCCAGCAGCAAGCCAAGCCUUGUCCCAGCAGCACCCCUCAGGCGAGUGCCGCGGCUCCGUGUAUGGCUGCUGUUUUGACAACGUCGCCUCAGCCAAAGGUCCUCGAGGGGAAGGAUGUCUCAACAGGCCCAACUACCCAUACCCUGUCAUGUGCCUGCUGCCCAGUGCCCACGGCCCCUGCACCAACUGGACCACUCGCUGGUACUUUGUGGGAGUUGUUGGCAAGUGCAACCGGUUUUGGUAUGGCGGCUGUCACGGCAAUAAAAACAGCUUUGCCUCGGAGGAGGAGUGCAUGAGAGCGUGCCACAGCUCUGUGGGGGUCAGUCAUCUGGAGCUCCAGCCCUCUCCUGGUACAGAAGCCCUGCAACACCAGCUGACUGGCUCCAGUUCUCACACAGGACGUGCUCAGGGUCAGCAGCAAUCACCCACAAGAGAGACUGCAAGUCACAGCCAAGAAGGAAGAACCUAUGGGGCUUCACUCCCCAAGCAAGACAGCCGCAGCUGGAGGAGGGAUGUGCUGCCAGAGGCCUUGCCAAGGACUGGUGUGCUGGAGAGCCACAGAAGCAGACUGGACAGCCUGGGCCAGCUGCGCUCCUGGGAAGCAGCCCUGCCUGGGCCCUCGGACAGGCAGAGCAGCGGCGGCCGGCAGGUGCUGUCCCGGGAAGGCAAGCAGUGGCGUGAGGCUUUCGGAGCAGAUGCUUCUGUGACAGAGGGAUUUGGGCACCAGGAGUCUGCAGACUUGUUCCCAGCACAGGCUCUGCACAGAACAAUCCUGGAGGAAGGCAAGCCCCAUCUUGUGACAGCAGUUGUGGGACAAAACAUCCAGCUGGUCUGCAAGACAGGCAUGUCCCCACUCUCCAGAGUGGAGUGGAUGAAGAACAGCCGACCGGUCUCCUCUGACAGGCACACCUACCAGUCCGACAACUCCCUGGUGAUCAGCCACGUCGUGCCCGAGGAUGCUGGCACCUACACGUGCCUCACUUCUGACGGGAGGACAGAGAGCCGACAGAUUCAGCUGCAGAUCACAGAGUACCAGAGCAGCGUUCUGGCCGAGGGUGAGAGAGGUCGGGUCCUUCAGGAGGCAAAUCAGCAGCGCCGAGGGUUACCCAGAGGCAGGCAGCUUGUGCAGGCAGCCGGCUCCUCUGUGCGUCAGCAGCUCACAUACAGGUUGAAAAUGGAUAAGAGCGAGCCCGCAGUAGUGGAGGCCAAUGUUGGGGAGAGAGUCAGACUGCCUUGCACAGUGGAAGCAUCACCAGCUCUCACCAUUGAGUGGCAGAAAGAUGGGCAGCCCCUCUCCUCUCCCAGGCACAGGCAACAGUCGGACGGGGCCCUGCUGAUCAGCCGGGUCAGCUCUGAAGACAUUGGCUUCUUCACCUGCCUUGCCUCCAAUGGACGUGACCGCGACCAGCGCCAGGUCCUGCUCCGGCCUCUAGGAGAGCUGAGGAUCACUGGUCUUCUGCCAAGCAUCACGGUACCUGAGGGAGGGACUGCUCAGCUUCAGUGUACAGUGACUGGCAACAAUGUGAAUAUAAGGUGGUCAAGGAAUGGAGUUCCCAUGCGGGGGGAUGGCCACCACAUCCACCUGUCCCAGGAUGGAAGCCUGACUAUAAGCAACGUCCAAGAGGCUGACGAGGGAUCCUACACAUGCAGUGCCUACAGCAGCAGCAGCUCGGUCAGUGCCAGCUCGGAGGUGAAGGUGCUGAGGAGCCGGCCUAGCACCACUGUGAGCCACGUUGUGGACCUGAGCAGAGAGUGCGUGGACCAGCCCCACCUUGCCAACUGUGACCUGAUCCUGCAGGCCCAGCUCUGUGGUAACGAGUACUAUUCCAGCUUCUGCUGCGCCAGCUGCGCUCGCCACCGCCCCCAGGGCAGCCCCCCGCACCCCCGCGGGUGACAGCAUGGCCAUGGUGACCGAUGACAAGACUGGAGGUCUCAACUCUGUUCUUUUACUGCAUGGGACAGUUCUAGGAACCCUGCCCUGCUCAGAAGACUGAGAGGGUGAAUUGAACAGCGAGUAGUGAGUGUAAAUGCUCGAAGGUGGGAGACCCAACACCCUCAGGUUUAUUGUAAACUCCUUUUCCCCUGUAAACCUUUCCCCUGUAUUUCCCUUGUAUCUCCCAUACCUACUCCAUCUCUUAAGAGUAGUUGCUGUCAUUCACAGAAACCAGAUGAUAGUAGGGAUGUAAGGAUGAUGUGACUAGAGAUGGCAGAUGACCAGCAUGAAAGAGGGAGAGACUUCAUACAAGUAAGAAAGAAGCGCUCUUAAAAACAUGAUCUCUGAAGUGUUUGAAGAUGGGCCUGAACCAUUUCAACUGAAGCACUAAUGAGCCAUGAACAUUUGUUCCUCCAAUGAGCAUUGCUGAACAAGUGCUCCUGGGGUGCACUUUCCAUCUAAAUGCAAAGGACUCUGGCCAUGAGAAACAGCUUGGUGCAUAUAAAAUUAGUGUUGAAGUCCUAGCAGAUUACUGGCUCUCAAGAUGAAGCUGUAAUGUCAUGAUACUGUCGCUGUUCUAUUCCAGCAGAUCUUAGACAAAUUUCUAGUAGGGUCAGUAUGGUUUCUACAUGACUGCAAUCAGCAUUGGAGUGGAAUGCAGAAGCAAGGCUUCACGGAAAGCUUAAGACAAAAUAGAAAACUACUUUUAGCCCUUCCUGAACGCUAGGGGUAAUUUAGAUGAAUAUACCAACACCCAUUACCUGUCCUGAGAUGCUGCAGUUUAAAUAGCACUCAUUCUAGGAAGGCUCAGCAGGUAAUCUUUUUCCCCUGAGCCGGAACUGUGCUGAUCUGACGUUGUGCUGAGUUUGGGCAGGGGCUAAUAAUAAACACAUAGAAAUAUGUGUGUAGGGGCAUUUCAUUUGCCAGAACAAACCUCCCAAGGAUCUGCUCUAGUCUCAGUUAAAUCCAGGAAAGCCUGGCUCUGCAUGUGGCCCAGGCUGAUGCCUGCUGCUACAGGCUAACAAGUUAGGACUUCAGAUGGAGAGCAGCUGUAGCUGAAAAGCAUCCUUCAUUUCAAGACCAACAUAGAGUGGCAACAAGUGUGCAUCUGGGGCUCUGAAAAUCUCAAGCAUUAGGGGUGGGGAGGUGAGAUUAUGUUAUGAUUAUAUCAUGUUAAACCAGGAAAGGCCUUGGCUAUCUUCAGUAUCUCAAAAUGGAAUUAUUUUUGAGCAAAAGGAUUAUUUUACAGCUUUCACACUAUUGUUCUACCCUCGCAUCAGCCCUGACAGUCCCCUUCUUCCUCAUUGUACACUUGGAUGGGUUGAUCAUAAUUAUUAGCAACAUUACCCAUGCAUUAUUUGCAUAGACAGUAGGUAUAAACGGGUGUGUAGAUGUUGGUAUUUUGGUUGGGGGGAUGGAGGAUUGGGUUUUUUUACUUUUGUCUUCUUGUGUCACUUCAAGGCUUUUAAGAAAUGCAGCUAAAUCAGCACAGGUAUGGUUCAGGACUGAACACACUGCUCUAGGAUGUGAACAAACGGUGAAGUCUACAAGCAAUCCAGUACAGGAGAGACAGGUGACAGUCACAGCUAUUUGGGGCUGGGUCCUUCUGUGGUCUGAUAGAUUCUGUUUGCUAGGAGAGACAAAAAUACAUAUUUUGCAUUUAAGACCCUUUAAUUUGAUUAGGGAAAAAUUCCUCUGCUGGAAUGCAGGCAGGCAUUACAGUAUAAGGUUUGAAAUCAAUGGAUGUUUAAGACCAUGAGAUAGUCCUGAAAACAUCCACUUGUGUUUGUACAUGUUUUUCCCUUUAACAUCUCAGACCAGCACCUUUUUCUCUGUGUGUCUGUAUGGGAUAUUUUACCAUUUCAGUAUAUGUUACAAUUUUUGCCUUUGAAGACCAGGAACCUAAUCAGAGACUCUGUAAAUUCCAGUCAUUUUGAAGCCCUCUCUGUUCCGUGUACAGCAUCAAGGGGUAGUCAGGCUCUGCUCAGGAGCAUGGCUGGAAGUGGAUUGUGGAUGUGUCAGACCCUUUUGUCCCAGAGUAAGUAGCCAGUUCCAUAUAAUCCCUUUCUAAGAUGUCAGAGGCUUUAUUUUUAGAAUAUUUAAAUAGUCUAUGUAGUCACCUAUCAUUUAAACUCUGUGGUUAUAUAAGACAGGGCCAGGAAGUGCUUUCUCCAGACUCCUGAGGGCUGUAACAGCCCCCUGCCUGCUGAUGGGCAGGACUUUAACACUGGCAGUGCUUUGACUAGGGGAGAGUUUAUGCUGACCUCCUUUCAGCUGCACAACCAUGGCAGUAAGGGUGGGAUUGACAGGCAUGCAGCUCCCUGCUGUAAAUCCAUGUCAUCAAGUCAACUAAAGGAUCUUUGCAUUUCUUCUGACAAGAUCAGCUCCUCCCUCUCUGUAGUACCACUUAAUCACCUACUCAAGGUUUACUUUUUUAUGUGAGAAUCAAGAUAUUAGUUUUUUUCCUUAAACAAUGGGUUGUAGGAAGUGCUUAUCUUCAGGGCAGGAGAAGGGUGUAGCUAUACUGGGCUAUUUUCAGCUUGAUCUUGGGGCCCUUACUGUGAAAAAUACGUAACAAACUGCUUUCUUUCCUACUAUAUAUGUCUAUAAAUACUUGUUUGCUUUUUGAAAGCUGAAAAAAGCAUUGACACCAACUCAAAUCCCACAGGCAGUGUUUGCAUUACUAUUCAUACCAUACUGAACACAGGUAAGAAUCUGUAAUGUCACAAGUUGUUUUCUAAACUGUCACUGUAAGACUCACUGUACUUGCCUGGAAAUGGAAACUGCUGGCAAGCUCAAAUCUAAGGGCUAACAAAGGGAGUGUUUAUUCCCCUUCAGGUUAUGGAGUCUGACUUUUUCCCUUGUGUCUAAACUGACGUGGUGCCCAUGAGAAUGUGGCAAGAACCAGUCACACUAACAGGGUCGAUAUCAACUCAGCAGAAAUGGAAAAGAGGUGAACAUACAUCAUUAUCUUACAUGGCUCUUUCUAAUAGUAGGGGACAGAAAGAGUUUUCCUUUUUGCCAUUACUGAAUGUUACUCUCCUCAUGUUUGUCUCUUUGUAAAUAUUCAGUGAUAGAAAAUACAGCCCCAUAAACCCAGAAUCUGGUGUUUUCAGUAAAGGCCUCUAUUUUAGAGCUUUAAGUGCUUAUGCAUUGCAAGGAUAUUUUGAAAUUCAGUUUUAAAGUUCAAUGCAACCUAACAGGUUGCAGAAAAUGAGAGGUGUUAAGAUAUGAGUCUGAGGCUGCUAGGUCGGCAAGCAGUGCUCAUCCACAUCCACCUUACAAGACAGAAGAUACCCAGAAGGGCAAAUGCUGAAACUGAAUUAGGGUGGGAAAUAAGUCUCUCACAGACAGUGCUUCUACCACCAACAUUUAUUUCUGUUAAAGCAGAUUAUAAAUCAUCAGUACAAAUAUAUAUAACUUACAUUUGCUUGUAAGGCCAAAGUUUAAAAGUAAAGUUAAAAUGAGAUGGUUUUCACAAGUCACCAGAGGCAGAACCUGGACCAGCUGCAGCCUUAACCACAAGGUUUCACAAAUCAGUGGGGAAAAAUAAAACCAAAGUUAAAAACCUCUAAGAACUAUUGACAGACAAACAUAAAAUGGUUUCCCAGGCAGCCCCAGGAUGUAGAUAUGAUGACAGUAAGUUGUCACAGUAGUGUUAGAACCAAUAGAUUAAGACAAAGAAACUGCAGCAAUACAUGAAAGGAAAAAAAUCCAUACUAUAUAGAAUAUGUAGACUGAUUCCAAUAAAAAACAGUAAAUUCUCCCCAUGGUUUUCAAACCAUGACAAUACUGUUCUUUAAUUUUCUUUAUUUAAAACUACGAUAUAAUGACUUAUCGGUUGUGAUUGUUGUUGCAAUAUGCUACUUACAAUGAACAGAUACAAGAACAAGCUAGAGCCCCUUUUUCCACCCCCCCAAUAUUACUUACUAUAAGAAUCAGCGAUAAAUCAAUCUUAUGUACAAUUUCUUACAUCCAACCCCCUUGUUUUUAACCUUUGGCAAGAUUACUUACAACUCAUACAGCUUUUAAUAUCCAACUAUUUAAAAUAUUCUAAAUGCAUAAAAAUAAAGAUUUUGGCUUUACUUUA